CAUCAUUCUUCAAGACAUCGUAACGACCAUGGAGUUCUAUCCAAAGUUCGUAAUCCUCCUCCUGGCUAUACUAGGAAUCGCAGGAAUAUCCAUUCGGCGCUUCGUUAUCCGCCGUCAGUUUGCACGCCGCCACGGCUGCCAACCAGUCGCGAAAUCUGCCAGCAAGGAUCCUUUCUUGGGCCUGGAUACCCUCCCCGAGACAAUCCGUGCGAUCAGACAGCAUCGGAUUCUUGAGAGAAAUUGUAGGCUUUUUGGCAUAUAUGGCAACACCUUCAGAGUCAAGGAGCUGCAUCAAAAUGCAAUCGUGACGAUCGAGCCUGAAAAUAUCAAGACAAUUUUAUCCCUGAACUUCAAGGACUAUAGCCUCAGACACCGUUUCGAGCCAUUAAAGCCGCUAUUGGGAGAAGGCAUCUUCAAUACCGAUGGCGAACACUGGGCCGCAUCGCGCGCGCUGAUCCGGCCGAGCUUUGCCCGUGAACAAGUAGCCGAUCUGAGCUUGCUAGAGAACUUGAUGAAGGAUUUGUUGGUGUUGCUUCCGCGCAAUGGUACCACGGUGGACUUACAGGCACUGUUCUUCCGCUAUACGAUUGAUUCCGCGACGGAGUUCUUGUUCGGCCAGUCUGUUGGCGCGUUGAAGAAGAGCCAGUCGGAGCUCGCUUUCGCAGAGGCCUUCCACUAUGCCCAGAAAGCUAUUCCUAUACGGGGCAUGCUAGGUCCGUUGAAUGCGGUUUACCGUGAUCGAAAGGCUGACGAGUGUAAUCGCAUCUGUCGGGACUUUGUACAGCAGUUUGUCGACGAGGCUGUCCAUGCCGCUGAGGUGAGGAAAGAGCGCAUAGAAACCAGAACCACAGAGAUGAAGCGGAAAUACAUUUUCUCGCAUGAGCUGGCGUCGCGCACGUCCGAUAAGCGGCGUAUGGUGGAUGAGUUGAUCAGCGUGCUCCUAGCCGGGCGGGAUACAACAGCCAGUUUACUCGGGAACCUGUUCUUCAUGUUAGCGAAGAACCCGGCGAUUUGGAAGAAGCUGCGUGCCGAAGUUGAUGUCUUGCAGAAUCGGCCACCGACAUAUGAGGAGCUUCGGGGCCUGAAGUAUAUUCAGUGUUGUGUAAAUGAAUGUAUGGGCUCCUACCCGGUUCCUCUGGUUUCUUUCACUAACUUCAAACCCUCAGCCCUCCGUCUUCACCCCGUCGUGCCCCGUAAUCAACGCGAGGCGAUGCAAGACACAGUGCUCCCACUGGGCGGAGGUGAAGACGGGCUCUCGCCUGUAUUUGUCCCGAAAGGAACCCUAGUCUGCUACGAUCUCUACGCCAUGCAUCGCCGAGCCGACUUCUACGGGCCAGAUGCCGAAGAAUUUCGCCCAGAGCGCUGGGAAGAUGGUAAACUGCAGCCACGCUGGGAAUAUUUGCCGUUCAAUGGUGGGCCACGGAUUUGUCUUGGUCAGCGCUAUGCCUUGACCGAAGUGAGCUACGUUCUUGUCCGGAUGGUGCAGGAGUUCCGCGAGCUAGAGAGUCGGGAUCCGGGACCCUGGGAGGAAGGUCUAGCUUUGACGCUUUGUUCGAGAAAUGGGACUAAAGUUGGGCUUAUUCCAUGACUACAUGUACAUGACCUCUCUUGCUUUGUAAUAAUCCUACCUCUAGCAGUGCUAGAAAUGCAUUAUACAUUAAAAAUUGAUACAUAAGCUUACGGAAUACCUUAAGCAGAUGAACCAAAGGCCCGGUUCUGCGUUAGAAUCUUGCAAAUUAAGCCAGCCUGGACAGGGUGAAA